AUGGUAAACCUUAUUCACACAGAUGAAAUGAUUUAUAUAUGUUUAGAAUGUGAGAAAUCUUUCACAUGUGCCAAUUGUCUUUGCAGGCAUGAAAGAAGUCAUACUGAAGAGCAAGCCUCUGAGAUUUUUCAGCAUGGGCAAGCCUUUUCAUUUCAGAGUCAUAACCUAAGACAAGAAAGAAUUCAUACUGGAGAGAAACCCUAUGAAGGUGUCCAACAUUUUGAAGCCUUUGCAUAUCACAGUAGUCUCCAAGUACAUAAAACAAGAGUUGAUGGAGAGAAAACCUAUGAGUGUAACCAUUGUGGUAAAGAUUUUGUAUCUUACAGCUAUCUUCAAACCCAUCAAAGAGUACAUACUGGAUGGAAAGGGUUUGAAUGUAACCACUGUGGUAAAGCCUUUUCAAAAAACAGUAAUCUCCAAAGACAUAAAAGAACACAUACUGGAGAGAAGCGUUAUGAAUGUAGUCAAUGUGGCAAACACUUCUCAUAUCCAUAUGGUUUAUUAUAUCACAAAAGUUUACACACAGGAGAGAAACCCCAUGUGUGUCAUCAGUGUGGUAAAGCCUUUAUAUCUAAAAGUCAUCUUCAAAUACAUAGAAGAACACAUACUGGAGAGAAACCUUUUGAAUGUAACCAAUGUGGUAAAGCCUUUGCACAAAAUAGUAGUCUUCUAAAACAUAAAAAAAUACAUACUGGAGAGAAACCUUUUCAGUGUAACCAAUGUGGCAAAGCCUUUUCAAGAAACUAUCAUCUCCUAAGACAUAAAAUAAUACAUACUGGAGAGAAACCUUUUGAAUGUAACCAAUGUGGUAAAGCCUUUGCACAAAAUAGUACUCUUAUAACACAUAAAAGAAUACAUACUGGAGAGAAACCUUUUGAAUGUAACCAGUGUGGUAAAGCCUUUGUACAAAACUGUGAGCUCCAAAUACAUAAAAGAACACAUACUGGAGAGAAACCCUAUGAAUGUCAUCAAUGUGGCAAAACUUUUUCAAGUCCAUCUGGAUUCACAUAUCAUAAAAGAAGACAUAGUUCAUACAGGAGAGAAAUCUUUUCCAUGAGUCCAUGA